CAGCCCGCCCCAUAGAUAAAUAUAUCAGACGCCCCCAUUUUCUCUACCCAUCAGCCUAUUCCCUGGGAACGACUAUCCACCACGUCAGCCUUUGUCAGAUUCUCCCCUGCAAGAGCCUUUCGCUCACUUGCAUCUGCCUCUUUUCCAAGCACAGCCCCUCUCAAGUCUACAUCUCCGCUUUCCAUUCGUACUUUUACUGUAGCUUCAAAAAUGGGCAAGGAAAAGGUCGCUGUCGUCGGCUCUGGUAACUGGGGUUCUGCUAUCUCUCGCAUUGCCGGUAUCAACACUAAGAAGCACCCCGACGUCUUUGACGACACCCGCGUCUCUGUCUGGGUGUAUGAGGAAGAGUUUGAGGGCAAGAAGCUUACUGAGAUUAUCAACUCUGAGCACGAAAACAGAAAGUACCUCCCCGGUGUUAAGCUCGAGGACAAUGUCGUGGCUGUCCCCGACUUGAAAGAGGCCGUCAAGGACGCAACAGCUUUGGUAUUCGUCACCCCUCACCAGUUCCUUGGAAAGGUUUUAGACACUUUGGAGGGUAACGUCCGGAAGGAUGCCAAGGCCAUCACUCUUAUCAAAGGUGUCGAAGUCCAGGGCGAUGAUAUUCACAUCUUCGCUGAUGUUAUCGAGCAACGUCUCGGUAUCCCCUGCUCUGCUUUGAGUGGAGCCAACAUUGCCAAUGAAGUCGCUAGGGAUACUUUCUCAGAGACUACUAUCGGUUACCGAAACAAGGAAGAUGGAGAGCUGUGGCUGAAGCUUUUCCAAACUCCCAAGUUCAAGGUUCAGCUCAUUGACGAUGUCGCUGGUGUCAGUCUUUGCGGCGCUCUCAAGAACAUUGUCGCUGUUGCGGCUGGCUUUAUCGACGGUCUCGGCUACGGUAGUAACUCCAAGGCGGCCAUUAUGCGUAUUGGCCUUCUGGAGAUGAAGCACUUUUGCCAAGAAUUCUUUGUAGACGUCAAGGAGGAGAGUUUCUUGCAGGAGAGUGCGGGUGUCAGUGAUGUGAUUACUUCUUGUCUUUCUGGAAGGAACUACAAGGUUGCGGCUGCGUUUGUAGGAGCUAACAAGUCAUUUGAUCAACUUGAGGCAGAGAUGUUGAACGGACAAAAGCUCCAAGGUAUCCACACUGCCAAGGACGUGCACAACUUUCUCAGCGCCAAGAACCGAUCUCGAGCGUAUCCCCUGUUCGACAAGGUCUACCAGAUUUCCUGGGAAGGUGUCCCCGUUGAGCAACUGACCGAGGGGCUCUAAGCGCUUUAUGAAGUUUAUAGGCUGCUCGUGAGUGACUAAACCGGUGGGCAAAAAGCGAAAUGAGGAGUGGAACGACGCGACGUGUCAGAUAAAGAUUAUGCAGAUACAGGAACCGAGAAAAGUGUACCUAGUAUUCAUGCAUCAUGACAACUAGAUUAUAUAGCUAUCCUUGUUUACUUUUAAAUAAAUGAUCAUUUGUAUGUCAUCGUGGUUCCG